AUGCCUGUGGCGGGCUUGCCGGGCCACGUGCCCCCACCCCCAGAGGAAGAUUUGUUGGAGGAUGAGGACAUGGAUGGGGACUACAUGGAAGAUGAAUCCCCGCAGGCUCUGUCCCAGCCUUGGAUGGAAGGCUUGGGGCAGUCGGUGGGUGGCAUGUUGACGGCAGCACCGGGUGGAGGCACAGGAAGCGACAAGGACGAGGAGGCGGCAAACGAGGUGGCUCCAGUGGUUCCGCAGGCCAAGCUCAUUGACAGCGAGGAAGACCUCGAGCGUGAGGCGGCUGCCACAGAGCUGGAGAAACUCAUGGUGACUGGCCCGGAUGGUGUGGCCUUUGCCAUGGGAUGA